GCUGGUGCUGCUCUGGGGGCUGCUGGCCCGCGGCGCCCGGGGCUGCCUGCAGUGCGACCGCUCGGCGCGGGAGGCCCUGGACCGGCUGCGCGCCGCGCUGCUCCCCGCCCGCUUCCACCGGGAGCGGCUGCGGGCGCGCGCCCAGGCCCUGCUGCUGGGCAUGGAGGGGCCUUUCUUCCGGGACUACGCGCUCAACGCGUUUGUGGGCAAAGUGGGAAUCGAUCAGCUGGAACUUGUGGCGGCCUUUGUCAAGAAUCAAACAGGCAACUUAAGGUCGAGUUCUCUGAGAGACGGGCCUCUGCUGGAAGAACUGGUGGCUGUUAGGGAGAGGGUGAUCAAGGAACUGAAGAAAGCCUUAAGAUCUUAUGAAAUAAAAGCCUGCGAUCGCAAAAUUUGCCGCUUGCUAAAAGAAGAGGUCUUGGACUGUUUACACUGCCAGAAGAUCAGUCCCAAAUGUAUCAAAGAAAAAUACUGUUUCGUCGACGGGCAGCCCCGCAUGGACCUGCAGUACCAGAAGGCGAGUGGGUACCCGUGGAAUCAGGCCCUGUUCGGCAUCAUCAUUUCCGUGUGUCUGGCUGUCUUCCUCUUCGGGGUCAUCGUGGCUUCGCGCAUUUCCCUGGAGGCAACAGACGCUGGUCGCCUUGGCAACGGUGCUCCUGGCACGCAAGACGUCAGCGGCACCUGCGCGCUGGCCGGGGACGGGGCUACUGCAGACGAUCCAGCUGCCAAGCCGAGUUUGAAGUACGUACCAGGACUUACAGUGCCGAGACAGCUAGCGCGCAGGCGCAUUCCGCGGCCCGCCGGAGGGAGGGAAGGACUGGCCGCCCUGCGCCACCCGUGGGGGCGCACAGCUCUGCAGACUCAGGCCUGGUCCUUUCUCCUGGAGGUGUGUGAGGACCCAGCAAUGGCCACCAGGACCCUGACAGCCAAGGACCAGGAAUCAGUGACCUUCAAGGACGUGGCUGUGGACUUCACCCUGGAGGAGUGGGGCUGGCUGGGGCCUGGCCAGAGGGAGCUGUAUCGGGACGUGAUGCUGGAAAACUACCAGAACCUUCUCUGGCUGGGUGAGGCCCCGCCCCUGCCUUCCCAGGAGGAGGCAUGA